AUGUCUCGUCUUAGGUUUUGUUUGUUAUUAGCAGUAUUAUGCAGUUGUUUGCAGAAUGGUUACGGUUUGACAACACCAAAGACUGUUACCCAGGAUGUAGAUCCUAAACCAGUAGUUCCUAAAACUUUGCCUGAAACAACACGAGCUCCCGAGUCGAGCUCAACAACGGUAGCACCCACAACACCAGCGCCGACCACACCAGCCCCAACGCCAGCACCGACACCAGCGCCAACGCCGGCGCCUACCCCUGCGCCCACUCCUGCGCCCACUCCUGCGCCUACUCCUGCGCCUACUCCUGCGCCAACUCCUGCCCCUGCGCCCACACCUGCCCCCACCCCUGCUCCUCUCCCCGCCCCCGACCAGGGCACAUGGGCAUACACUGAUGAGAAGGCCAAUGAGACCUGCAUUGUAGCUCAAUUUGCAGCCCAAUUGAAUGUUACAUACACCAAGUUUGUGGAGAAUGCAACAUCUCUAUGGUACGUGAGGCUCAACAUUCCCGCCAACGCGUCGAUCCUCAAUGGCAGCUGUUCAGACCCUGACCAAUGGAUCCAGAUCACCUGGAAGACAAACAACGACAGCGUGACCAACAACACUAUGACCCUCGUGUACCACAAGAAUGCCACCACUAAGAACUACGGACUGAAGAGCCUGAACUUCACCCUGACGCCCGAUAACUUCGUCAAUGGAUCAAAGGACCCGAUGGAAUUGUACCACGGACCGGAAUGGGUCACCCCACUGGCUACCUCGUACCGCUGCAAGUCCGCCACCCAACUUAACUUGACCUCCGAGUCUCCCAGCGCUGUGGGUGUGCUGACACUGUCUCGUCUGCAAGAAGAAGCCUUCCGUACUACUGCUGGCAGUGGAUUCAGUGCUGCCCGCGACUGCGGCGGCGGUGACGUCCCCGACGCGGUGCCCAUUGCCGUGGGCUGUGCGCUGGGCGGGCUGGUGGUGGUCGUGCUGAUAGCGUACCUCGUGGGCCGCCGGUACUCCGCCUCCCGCGGGUACCUCUCCAUGUAG